AUGGCCGACCUCGCCGCCACUCCGACCGCUGCGGAAAACAGUCCUGCACCACCAUCGCCGGUGCUGCAGCAUCCGUGGCCUAACCGAUACAAGCCAAUCAUCGGCCACUGCAUCGUGUUCACCAUACCCACUUUUCUUGGCUUCCUGAUGGUCAUCUUUCUGGCGAUACCGGCUCUAAUGCCUCCGGUGUUCGGGCUGGACCCGGGCUCUUCGCUUUCAUCCCUCAAUAUAUCCACCUCCCACGUCACCGCCCGAUGGAACAUCGUUCUCUCCGUCAAGAACCCCAGUAAGCUGAUCGCUGUCGAGUACGCUGACAUGAAGCUCCUCCUGAGCUUCGGAGGCGAACUCAGUCUCUCUCGACCCUCCCGCAUUCCGGCCUUCGAUCAGGGCCCCCGCAGCUCGACAACAGUCCGUGCCGAGGCCCUGUCCACGCUGCCGAUCGUCAAUGACUUGGGCAUGAAGGGCCUGGUGAACUCGUUGAAGGGCGGGGAGGUGAGCAUCAACGUGGUGGCGAAAGCCAAGCGGAGGCUGCACUUGGGUCCGUGCUUGGUGCCCGUGUUCGACGUCUACUUCUCGUGCAUGGGCGUCACCUUUACGGCUCCGAACAGCAGGGAGGGUGGCGGUGAUUGGAUGAUCCUCGGUGGGACCCUACACUGCGAGCCCGACAUAUUUACUCUCCUCUGAGGAUCGAGGCGUCGUGUGGGAGCCCGACACAUAGAUGCGAUAUUUAGCUUUCGAUUGGGAAGCAAGUAGACAAGCAGGUGCAAUAUGGUGUGGCUUCGUGAUGUAUCUUUGUAUCUUCUUCCUCUUUUUAGUUUGAUUCGUGUAGCUCUUCUUGCUUAGAGCUUGCUCAGCUGUGAUCUUUUUGUUAUAAAUUUCGACUCUUGCCAAGAUCAA